AUGACUCGCAAAGUCUUCAUCGCAGGCGUCGGAAUGACGGCCUUCUCCAAGCCGCGCAACCUCAUCGACUACCCAGAACUCGCCGUAGAGGCAGCGACUAAGGCUCUUCUCGACGCUGGAAUCAACUACGACGACAUCCAGCAGGCCUUUGCCGGCUAUGUCUACGGAGACUCGACCUGCGGCCAGCGAGCACUGUACGCGCUCGGCAUGACCUCGAUCCCCAUCAUCAACGUCAACAACAACUGCUCGACCGGUUCUUCCGCACUCUGGCUUGCUCGUCAAGCCAUCGAAUACGGCAUCUCGGACUGCGUGAUGGCGCUCGGCUUCGAAAAGAUGGCACCUGGCUCGCUCCAAACGAUCUUCGACGAUCGCGAUCCGCCACUCAGCAAGACGGUCGGACUCCUCGCCGACAUGGAAUGCCUGACGGGAGGGCCGAUGGCGGCUGAGAUCUUCGGUUCCGGCGGCGAGGAGUACUGCCAAAAGUACGGCGCAAAGUGGGAACACUGCGCCAAGAUCGCCUCGAAGAGCCACAAGCACUCGGUCAACAACCCUUACGCGCAGUUCCACAACGCUCUCGAGCCGGAGCAGGUGCUCAAGGACAAGAAGGUGACGAAGUACUUGACCCGCUCGAUGUGCUGCCCAACAUCCGACGGCGCCGCCUGCGCCAUCGUUUGCUCGGAAGAGUUCGUCAAAAAGCACAAGCUCGAGAAUCAGGCAAUCGAGGUCGUCGCAAUGUCCAUGACGACCGACUCGCAGCGUCUCUUCGAAGACCGCAGCGCCAUCGAGCUCGCCGGCUCCGACAUGACCCGCAUCGCCGCAAAGGAGGCGUUUGCCAAGGCCAAGAUCACGCCCGACGAUGUCCAGGUCAUCGAGCUGCACGACUGCUUCGCCGCGAACGAGCUUAUGACCUACGAUGCGCUCGGCCUUAGCCCGCCUGGCAAGGCGCAUGAGAUUGUCGACCGAGGCGAUAAUACGUACGGCGGCAAGUGGGUUAUCAAUGCUUCGGGCGGAUUGCUUGCGAAGGGACACCCGCUUGGCGCGACCGGACUCGGCAUGGCGUUCUACCUCGUCAACCAGCUUCGCGGAUGGGCCGGCCCGAUGCAAGACCCGCGCUGCCGACCUGGCGAGCUCGAGGAGCAGGGCAAGACGCCGUACGCGCUCAUGCACAACAUCGGCCUCGGGGGCAGCUGCGUCGUCGGCAUUUUCAAGCGCCCAGACUUCUACCAGCAAGACAAAAAGCCGGAUGGCAGGGACCGAGUCGGCUACAACCACGGAUGCGAGUGCAAGGCUGUCACUAUCGAGGACGUCGACAAGGUCAAGAGCAGGCGGGCGUUCUCGAAGUGGGCGGAGGCGAACUUGUGA